UUUGUUUCGCAUAAUCACCAACAACAAACGUACGCUGAACGUGUUUACGGGAAGAUUUGUAAGUGCGCGGGAGUAAAACAGUUCAAAAUCCACCUCCAUCGAUUCGAAGAUUUAUUAUUUUGGCUGAUUAACUUACCAGACUUGAAGGCAAGAUGUCGAUUGGUGUUCCCAUCAAGGUUUUGCACGAAGCAGAGGGUCACGUCGUGACUUGCGAGACAAAUACCGGGGAGGUGUACCGGGGAAAGUUGAUCGAAGCUGAAGACAACAUGAACUGCCAGAUGACCAACAUCACAGUCACGUACCGAGAUGGCAGGGUUGCGCAGCUAGAACACGUCUUUAUCCGUGGUAGCAAGAUCAGAUUUCUAAUACUGCCGGACAUGUUGAAGAAUGCACCGAUGUUUAAGAAAACUGGAAACAAAGGGGGCACAGUUGGAAGAGGAAAAUCGGCCAUUCUACGAGCACAAGCGGCAGCAAAAGGCAGAGGGCGAGGAAAUGAAGGCGGCCGAGGUCGCGGCAACGUCUUCCAACGGAGAAAGUGAAACUGAACUGACUGUUUAUAUCAAGUCUUGUAAAUAAAGCAUUGGAUUUUCAGUAAUUUGAGGUUUCUACAUACAGGAGUCUGCGAUGCAUUGCUACACUGGAAAAGGAAUGUUGGGCUACCUGUCUUGUCUUCAAGGAAAAUAGCUGAUGGCGACACAUUUUGAGCUGUUCACUAUUGACGUUAAAUCCUACUUCUUGGAAUUUCUGCUGUUAACAAAGAGCAGGCAGUCCUUGGAUUUUCAGAUUGAAAUGUCCUUGAAGAAUGUUUUAUAGUCAUUGUUUAGGGUUCAAACUUGACCCAGCAGUAACUGGGGCGCUAGAACUCAAUUCUUGAAAUUUUGUUUUGGAAUGGUCGUACUAGCACCCCAGAUGAUCUAUUGCAUUAAAACGGCAAUCUCAUAAUUUGCCAACCAUCCUACUCAAAAUAUUGCCAACAUUUUCUAGCUGAGAAAUCACUGUCAUGACUGUUCUGGAAAAUUGUUUCAUCAGGAUGUUGCAGUUAAAUAUUAACAUUGCAACUAAGAUGGGCAUCAGGAUGACCGCCAAUUGUUAAAACUUUAAUGCAAUCUGACCAACAUUUGUGGCAGUUACACUUCAUGAAUGAAUCAAUAGUUGAAGAUCGUUCAGUGCCCCAAAAGGGGGCAAGGAAACAUAUGUAAAUAAUUUUCCUCAUUUUUGUCAGUUUUGAUUUAAUUAGUAAGUGAAAGUCCAUCAUGUUUAUUUCUUUUGUAUUUUUGGGUAAAAAUAAUGUUUAAAAAGAAGUCUGAACACAAUGAUUUCAUUGUUCCCAUGAAGUUGCUGAAGGGGGGGGGGGAUUGAUGACCUUUUUAAAGUAUAAAACAAACUUCUUCAGAGAGCUCGUCUGUGACAAACAACACUCCAAGUUCAUUGGAAAAAAAAACUGCAUUACGUCCAUUUUUAUUUAAAUACACAUUCUCCAUUGGAGAAAAUUUAUUAUGGAACAUGUUUCUUCCUGCAUUCGUUCAUGAUCAGUGACAGAAUAGCAUACACACAAUUGAUAGCUCAUUGAAAUAAACCAUUCUAUUUUAUACCCUGUUUUACUUGAAUACUCCAUUGUUUA